CUCUCUCUUCGCCGCGGGUUCGCUGGCAGGGAGGAGGGAUCUGGGUCUCGAGUUUUGAGCCGGUGAGUAUCUGCUCUUCGCCCAUUCUGUGGUAUCAAGAGGGCGAUGCAUUUCCAGUGGCCUCUGUUGCGAGCAAUUUUUGGGUGUUCUUCGUUCUUGUUUACUUUGGUGCGCUGCUACAUCUGAAGUCUCUGUAAUCCACUACAGCAUCCCGUCGUAUUUAUCGUCCAUAGAUCUCGAAACCUGCACACAGAUAGCUCACCUGAUGUCCUUUUUGCUAACCCUUAAGACGUACGUCUUGAUAACAGCGUGUUUGGCAACUAGGGAAACUAUAACUCAUCUUGAUCAACUACAAAAACACUAGUUAGCUGGCUACGGCAAAGCAACUAGAUCGAUCUCCAUGGCUAGCUCAAUAAAACACACUGGAAUGACUUGCAUGUAUUGGGCGUCCUAAUAUUCCUCAAGUCACCAUGAGAACCCGAAGGCUAGCUUUUGCCCUAGUUCCGAUGUUUUUGUAUGAACAUAGAAUGUAUUUUUUAGACACUCUAAUACAUCCUGCUUAUAGUAUUUCUAGUAUAAUACUUUACUAGCAGGAUUUAUUUUUUAGGCAAUUAAUACCUUCUGCAUAUCGGAUUCUCUAGUAUAAUGCUUUACUAGUAGGAUGUACUUAUUUUUUAGGCACUUUUUUCUAGUAUAAUGCUUUACUAAUAGGAUGUAUUUUUAGGCAAUUAAUACAUCCUGCAUAUAGGAGUAUAAUGCUUUACUAAUGGGAUAUAUUUUUUCGGCACUUUAAUAGAACCUGUACAUAGGUUCUAGUAUAAUGCUUUUUACUAACAUGAUGUAUUUUUAGGCAAUUAAUACAUCCUGCAUAUAGGAUUCUAGUGUUUUACUAAUAGGAUUUUUUUUGGUAAUUAUAUAUGCAGUGUUUUGUUCUUUUCUUGUAAUUUUUUAGGAUGUAAAUUAGUGUCAAUAAAUACAUUCUGGUGUGAUUUUCUAUUAGCAAGAAUAUGUAUAGGAUGUUUUUUUAUAUACAUGUAGGUUUUCAAUCUUUUUUAUGAACUAGCGCAAAGAUGGACCAGUGUUGGUCCCUGCAUUCUCUGUAUCUUGAUGUCCCUGUUCUGUUAGAUCCUCAACAUUGUUCUGACCAUCAACUUGGUCCUGAUGAUCAACUUCAGGUGUUGGUGUAUUUAGAUCAGGAAACCAGAAAUCCAUAUAUGCAAAUAUAUAGAAAUAAUUACAUUUCCAUAUAAUUUAGCUAGCAGAACAUUUGCAGAAAGUUUGUUGCAAGUUAACUUUCUACCGUGUUUUUAUUUCCUGCCAUGCUUUAUUCACCCGGUCUGCAAUUACUUCAAGCAGAAAAUUAGCAGAAAAUACAUGUUGAAGACAAUAGGUACUUGUCUUCAAGCCCUGCAGAUGAUGAAGACUGACUUGAGAGAAAUCAUGGCUACACAUUCUAGCUUCCUGGAAGAGAAAUUUUACAUGCCUCUCCUUGCUUUCAGGUUCCUGGCAAUGCAGUUUGCCACUAGUUUUUGUUCAUUUACUAGUUUAAGGUGCCUCACAAACUACUAAAGCCUGGUGCUUUUUGGUGCUGGAUUGUACUCAAGAACAUACAUCCUACAAUGCAGACCACUUUGUACCACUAUGUCCUUUUCUCUCAUAACUGUUGGAGACCAGUUUUAUACAUCUAUGACAAUAUCUGUGGGGUAGCUGAUACUGAGGCAUCAGCCGGCCUGAAUCUAGCUUCCUGGAUGUUCAUGUAAAACUACAGAUCUAGAGUACAAUCUAGAGGUGCAUGAAUUUGGCUGCAACCUUUCAUACCUGUUUCGGUGGUUGUAGAUUCUGGCGCGCCUCCCUAUUUUGUUUUCUGUUUUAUUUUUGGUUGCCUGUAACUUUUCUACCGAAGAAGGUCAAGCCAUGGAGCUGGUAAAGUUUCCUCUAUUGUUAUAUCUGGACCAGCCGCCUGUGGAUGUGGUCUUCCCACGUCACCGCGUGUGGACGCGUUUCUAGGACAGAGGAUGCUUUCGUUUUACAGCCUGUCGCUGUCUACUUUUGGCCCCACUUACUAUUUUAGGAAAGGUUCUGGUUCAGACAAGGGGGCACCCUGUAAAGCAAACUGGUAACCGCGCACCGUGUAGCAACGCCCAAAACCUAACACCUUCCCCUUACCUAAGCCACCACCCGCCGCCGCUUUGCUACCUAGUCCCCCCCUGGUCCGAUGGCCUGGUAAUUCUGCAUGUGGCGGCGCUCAAUCACCGCGCUGGAGCGAGGGAAAAGGGUCCCCGGCGGUAUUCUAGUGUGGUUGAGGCUGUUGUAUGCCGGAUGGCCGGCUUCGUGUUCAGAGAUCUGGAGCCCAGCCUGCAAAACUUGCUGGCGCAAGCGGAAUCCUGCGGCGGUGGAGUGGAGGCCGUCGUUGGAUGCUCUUCGCAACCGAGCUACGUUGCGCCGGCGGUUGUCCCAGGGGACGGCAGCAGCAGCAAUGGGUCCGGAAAUUCUGUGGCUGGUGCAAUCGGCGAGGAGGGAACCAUACGCAAGCUGAAGCGUCCGUCACCAGGGCGGGCGAUGUUGGCGGGGGCGCUGUAGUCUCAGGUUGGAAAAGGAGGAACCGAGUAGGGAAGGCGCCGCCCGAAAGGGCACUGAACUCAUCCCGCAUCACGGCACUGGAGCGGACGCUUCGCGAGUUCCCAGCCAGGUCUAACGGUGAGGUCAUUGUGCCGGAGGUCGGGGUGUCGUUCGAUACUAUCGGAGAGGCUUACGACUUCUACAAUCUAUACUCGUGGGAACGGGGGUUUGGGGUGAGGUACGGCAAAAGCAGGCUCAAUGUCGACUGGGUUAAGUGCAUGCAGGAGAUAGUAUGCGGUUGUUCGGGCCGUUGCCUUUGCCCGGCUCUAAUCCAUUUGCUGCGGACGAAGGACAACGGUUGGUACAUAUGCGAGCACAGGGACGUGCACACUCAUGAUUUGUCUGCUUCAUUCGGCGAAAGGGCGCAUUGGCCGUCCCACAGGCACAUCGACAGCUACAGAAAAGAUCUGGUCAAGCAGCUGCGCGAGAAUAAUGUAAACCUUGGGAAGGUUUACAGUAUCAUUGGGAGCUUCUUCGGGAAAAUGGAGAAUAUACCCUUCACAAAAAGGGCAUUGAAGACUUUGUGUGGGAAGAUCAGUAGCGAGCAAGCAGAUGAUGAUGUGAGGAAGACAAUUGAGGUUUUCUCUGAGAUGGGGGCUGCUGACCCUGAAUUCACGUACAGCGUGCAAGUGGAUGAUGACAGUAGGAUCAUGAACCUACUAUGGACUACGGGGAAGGGGAGGGCACAGUACCACUACUUUGGUGAUGCUAUAACAUUUGACACGACCUACAGGACAAAUGUGUAUGAUAUGCCCUUCGGACUGAUCGUUGGCGUCAAUAGCCAUUUUCAGAGCGCCAUUUUCGCGGGUGUGCUGCUGCAUGAAGAGAAGGUUGAGAACUUCGAAUGGGUUUUCCGGGAGUUUGUCAAGAUGAUGAGUGGGAAAAAACCAGUCACCAUACUAACAGAUCAGUGCAGGGCGAUGGAGGGGGCUAUUAGUAAUGUUCUGCCAGCAACUAAGCAUCGAUGGUGCAAAUGGCAUGUCCUGAGGAAAGCCAAGGAGAGGCUAGGUGCAUUGUAUGGGAAGAACAGCCAGUUCAAGGUUGAUUUCCACCAGAUUGUGAACCAGAUGCUGACCAAGGAGGAGUUCAAGGGUGCCUGGCUGCAGAUGCUUAGUACUUACGCAUUGCAGAAGAAUCCCUACCUGUACCAAAUAUACGAAACAAGGCACAAGUGGGCGAAGCCGUACUUCAGUGGGAUUUUUUGUGCGAGGAUGACCAGUACUCAGCAUAGCGAAAGUGCUAACCACAUGUUGAAGACAUACGUGCCCCCCGGUUCGGCGAUGCACGUGUUUGUUAAACAAUUUAACAAACUGUUGUACGAUAGGGAUUCGGAAGAGAGCUUCCAGGAGAAGAGGACACGCCUGGUAUUGACUGAAAACCUGAUCCAUUAACUUCAGGCGCUUCACCUUGUACAGUACCAGAAGGACCAGGGGCUGGUGACAUCUUUUAGCUUCAGGCAUUCUCAGCUGUACCUAAAUUGCAUGGAGGUAGUUAGGCUAGGGGAUGUAAAUGUGGAUGCUUACACCACGGCAAUGGAGUCCAUAAAGGUCUUGGUGCCGAAGUUGAAGCUAGUGGCUGUUGAGGGGGAUGGGUUGGGACUUGAGCAGAGGCUGACCGCGAAGAAGGCUAGGGUGGAUGUCGGGGCUGACCAACAUUUCGUGCAGCCGAGCGGUUUGUCCAAGGAUGGCGGUGCUGCAAUUAGCCUGGAUGCAUCCCUGCUAGCACCGUCGAAGAAUAGAAGUGGCGGCAGGCCAACAACUAGCCGUGACAAACCACCGUACGAGACAACAUCGAAAAGGACAAGAUUCUGCAUGGACACAAAAGUACAACAUGUCCAGAUCGCCCGCCAGAAGGAAGCGAAGUGUUCAAACUGCGGUCUGCCAGGCCACCGUAAGAACAACUGUAUGAAGAAUGCAGAAGCUGUUUAGGCGGUUCGCACCAGGCGGUUGAAUCGGCGAAUUAGACAAAAAAAACCUCUAUCUGGUUUGUAAUAAUAUUUUUUUAUUAUUAGGACAAUUUAAUGGACUGUUUGAUGUGUUGCUGUCA